AUGGGAGGAGAUUAUCAUAUUCCUGAAAUUCUUGUGCUGUUGGAAGAAGAGGAGAGCCAAGGGAAGGACUGUGGGGUUGAUGUCCCAAACCUCAAAGGUCUGUCGGCAGCCAAGUUGCUGACUGAAUCAGGGCUGAGUGUUGUGGUGUUGGAAGCCCGUGACAGAGUUGGAGGAAGAACUUUCACUGAAAGGAAUAAGCAAGUCCAGUAUGUGGACCUUGGAGGAGCAUAUGUGGGGCCGACACAAAAUCGCAUCCUGCGGUUGUCUAAGGAGCUAGGAAUAGAGACGUAUAAAGUGAAUGAAGUAGAACAUCUUAUUCACCAUGUCAAGGGUAAAAGUUAUCCCUUUAAGGGUGCAUUUCCUACUAUGUGGAACCCUUUUGUCAUCUUAGAUUUCAACAAUCUAUGGAGGACGAUGGAUGAAAUGGGAAAGGAGAUUCCUAAUGAAGCCCCAUGGAAGGCACCACAUGCAGAAGAAUGGGACAAAAUGUCUAUGCAAGAUUUCAUAGACAAAGUUUGUUGGACAAAUGCUAGCAAGAGGUUUGCAACGCUGUUUGUGAAUGUGGAUGUCACCUCUGAGCCUCACGAGGUCUCUGCUCUCUGGUUCCUGUGGUACGUGAAGCAGUGUGGGGGGACAGGCAGGAUAUUCUCCACCACCAACGGUGGGCAGGAGAGGAAGUUUGUUGGAGGUUCUGGUCAGAUUAGUGAGAAGAUAAUGGAACGCUUGGGAGGCCGAGUGAAGCUAGAGAAACCUGUAGUCCGCAUUGAUCAGUCAGGUGAAAAUGUCAUUGUGGAGACCUUAGACCAUGAAUCAUACGAGGCCAAGUAUGUUAUUAGUGCCAUUCCCCCAGUUCUUGAUUUGAAGAUUCAUUUCAACCCACCAUUACCACCAAUGAGAAACCAGCUGAUCAGCCGGGUUCCCAUGGGCUCAGUCAUCAAGUGCAUGGUAUACUACAAAGAACCUUUCUGGAGGAAAAAGGACUACUGUGGUACCAUGCUCAUUGAAGAUGAGGAAGCUGUGAUUGGAAUGACACUUGAUGAUACCAAACCCAAUUGCAGUGUUCCUGCCAUAAUGGGUUUUAUUCUCGCUCGAAAGUGUAGAAGACUGACACAUCUCACAAAGGAAGAAAGGAAGAAGAGGAUCUGCGAGCUCUAUGCAAAGGUUUUGGGAUCAGAGGAAGCCUUACACCCAGUGCAUUAUGAAGAGAAGAACUGGUGUGAGGAGCAGUAUUCUGGCGGGUGCUACACAGCUUACUUCCCACCUGGGAUAAUGACACAGUUUGGAAGGAUCAUUCGCCAGCCAGUUGGUAGGAUCUACUUUGCUGGAACAGAGACAGCUACAGAAUGGAGCGGGUACAUGGAGGGGGCUGUGCAGGCUGGAGAGAGAGCAGCUAGAGAGAUACUGUGUUCCAUGGGGAAAAUCUCAGAAGGUGAAAUUUGGAAGUCAGAACCAGAAUCAGUUGAUGUCCCAGCCCGGCCAAUCACUACUACCUUUUGGGAGAGAAACUUGCCAUCUAUACCAGGACUGCUGAGGCUGGUUGGAUUUUCCACUUUCUUCACUUCAGUGGCUGCUGUUGGGCUAUUUGCCUACAAAAAGGGGCUGCUAGUUCAAAACUGAGAAAGGUGCCAGCACAAAGCUGCGUACUUGUUGUGUCCUUUUUCCAAAGUUUAUUUUGACGUGCACUUAUCUGUCUUCAAAAGCAGAUCAGGACUGGUAAUGGGGGUGGGGGAAAGUAGAGAUGCAACUUUAGAGUGAGGAUGAGUGAAGGGGUUCAGAUAAGGUAAGGACCCCCUGAACAUUGACCU